AUGCCAGCGAACGUACGCGGCCGAGCUGCAUGCAAACAGUGUCGCUCACGGAAGCAAAAGUGCGAUGAAAAAAGGCCAACAUGCUCCCGCUGCCGAGACCUGAACAAGCCAUGCCAAUGGCCGGGAUUGCGGAAGCGUGGGCCCGCGAAAGGAUAUACCGAAGCUCUGGAGCACAGGUUGAGAGAGACUGAAAGUGCUCUCUUGCGAAUCAUUUCGGUGGUUGACGGAGCCACACUGUCAUCGGCCUUCGCAGACAGUAUGGCAAGUGGCAUCAUUGACACGCAUCCGGAUACCAACACAGACAAGGCGGAAAUGGCCGCGCAUUGGGAGCAAUUCCCGCUAUCUACAUCCGGGGACAUUAUCAAUUGGGCCAACGAGCAACAAGCCUCCCAAACCUUGCUGGCGGGCGGUGCCGCACCAAGGACAACGCAUGCUUUGGAGACAGCAAAUACACAAUUCAGAGAGCAGCUCUCUGGUGGCGACACAUCGAUGAUAAUUGAAACGACCAAAGGUGUCGCGGCGGUUGGCCAGACUUCUACGGACAGCUCUAUUUCACCAGGGCUGCUACCACAGGGAUCAUGGGAUUCCGAUCCCCAGAAUGACACAUUUGACAUGCCAGAGCAUUUUAAAGAGCAGUUUAUUUGGUAG